AUGUUUAACUCAUACUCCCCACUUGUUUCUUCUUCUUCUUCUUUUUUUUUUCUUUUUCUUUUUCUUUUUCUUCUUCUUUUUUCUUCUUUUCUUCUUCUUUUUUCUUCUUCUUUUUCUUCUUCUUCUUCUUUUUCUUCUUUUUCUUCUUUUUCUUCUUUUUUCUUCUUUUUCUUCUUUUUUCCUCUUCUUCUUUUUUCCUUCUUCUUCUUAUAUUAUUAUUAUUAUAUUAUUAUUAUUAUUAUUGUUGUUCUCUCCUUUCCAUGCAUCUUUUCUUCUUUACUUCUUUCAGUUCAUCUCAUUUAUCAUUCAUUCUGUUACUUUUUAGCUUAUUUCCACUUCCUCUUCUACCUUAUCUACUCGGGCUAUUUAUAUCUAUCUAUCUAUCUAUCUAUCUAUCUAUCUAUCUAUCUAUCUAUCUAUUUUUUGACUGACUUGGCUUAUCUUUUUCUUUGUCUUUUUGUCUCCGUCGGCAAAGUAUCUAUCUAUCUAUCUAUCUAUCUAUCUAUCUAUCUAUCUAUCUAUCUAUCUAUCUAUCUAUCUUCUGUUUGUUACAAUCUGUCUCUCUUUAUGACUCCAUCGCAUUACAUAAAAACUUGUUUCUUUUCUUUCUCGCCAUAUCGGUCUUUUUUCUCACCUUCUCUUUCUCAACACUUAUACUCUUUCUUUCUUUCUUUCUUUCUUUCUUUCUUUCUUUCUUUCUUUCUUUCUUUCUGUGGACGGUAG